CCGGUUUCUCGUCAAGCGGUGCGGGUUGGCCUAAUGCGGUGGCGCUCAGUUUGAGUGGAGCCGAGUUCGCGAAGGGACAUGCGUGCGUGAGAUGCGGCCCUUGCUGCUUGCUUUCCUGCUGCCGCUGGUGCUGCGGCCCCCGCAGGAGGUCGCCGCCAGCGGACUGUUUGAGCUACGCGUGUCCCGCUUUGAUAAUCCCCUUGGCCGGGACACGACUGGCCACUGCUGCGACGGCGAACCGGCCACCGACGACCUUCAGUGCGGAGGCCCCUGCCUCACCAGCCUCCGCGUGUGCCUCAAGCACUACCAGCUGCAGGUGGACACCGAGUCGCCGUGCACCUACGGCGAUGUCCACUCGCCCCUUCUUGGAGACAGACUCCUCAACGACACCUACACCGUCAAGUUUCCCUUCCAGUUCACAUGGCCGGGCACCUUCUCGCUGAUAGUCGAAGCCUGGCACGACGUCAACCAGACCAAGGGCGAACGUCGCCUUCUGGCGCGUCACACGCAGCAGCAGAACGUGGACGUCGGCGCGACGUACACGCCGGCCAUGUUCUCAAACGGGCACACGUCGCUGCACUACGAGUACCGGGUGACCUGCGGCCCCAACUACUACGGCCACGGGUGCGAGUUGCUUUGUAAACCACGCAACGACGAGUUCGGACACUACACCUGCAGCCCCCAGGGCAGCAUUGUGUGCGAGCCCGGCUGGCAGGGCGACUACUGCACCAAGCCCAAGUGUCUGCCCGACUGCCUCCACGGCAACUGCACCAAGCCCAACGAGUGCAAGUGCAAGAGGGGCUGGAAGGGGCCUCUGUGCAAUGAGUGCAGACCGCACCCUGGCUGCGGCCGCGGCACCUGCGAGAAGCCGUGGGAUUGCCUUUGCGAGGAGGGCUGGGGCGGUCUCUUCUGCAAGGACGAUCUCAACUACUGCACCAACAACCGACCCUGCCGAAACGGCGGCACCUGCUUCAACACGGGCCAGGGUCUGUUCACCUGCAACUGCCCGCAGGGCUACACAGGGCAGAAGUGCGAAACCUACCUGGGCACGCCCACCGCCUCCUGUGCCGUCCUCGGCUGCCUCAACGGCGCGACCUGUGACCAGAUCUCUGGUCUCUGCGUGUGUCCCAAAGGCUUUUCUGGACCGCUGUGCGGCCAGAAGUCUUCGUCGUGCCUCAACUCACCCUGCUUCAACGGGGCCACCUGCGAGACGCGCCUUCCGCCCCCUGGAGCUCCAGACUACGUCUGCAAGUGUGCCCCCGGAUUCUCGGGGCAGCUGUGCGAAAUUCGCAACAGAGACUGCGACUCGCAGCCAUGCCUUCACGGUGGUAGCUGCGUGAGCAAUGAAGGCGCGCGCGUCUGCGAGUGCGUCAAUGGAUACUUUGGCAAGUUCUGCGAGAACAGUUACCAAGCGUGCCUGACGAGGCCGUGCCACGGUGCGGCCACCUGCAGCGACCUCGGCCACGGCGCCUACCGCUGCUUUUGUCCGCCUGGCCGCUUUGGCCGACACUGUGACGAAGUUCGCGGAAUCGUGGACCGAGAAUAUCUCGUUGUCAGAGAGGUUGAUGACGAAGUGGCCAGUCUGAGUGGCCAGCAAGUAGCUCUAGUGGUGGUGCUGUCUGUGCUGAUCCCUGUCGUCGCAUUGGCCGGCGUCGCCUCGAUAAUGCUGCUGCGGAGAAGAAGAGAGGUCGAACGUAAGGCGGCCGACCACUUAGCACGACUGCAAAACGAGGCAAACCUGCGGGCCAGCGGCCAACGGCCAGAGAUGAUCCACAACCGGCUACGGGCCGACAACCACGAGUACGCCACGGUCAGCCACGACUACGCAAAGCUCAACACCAACCGCGCCUUCCUAGACGCAGACAACAGACUGUCCAAGGCCAGCUUGGAAUCGCAGCAGUGCUGCCAACCUUCAAUGUGUGACUCUGGGGGUCUAAAGAAAAGUGAGUGCAUGGCGGGGCCGUCAACAUCCUGUUGCAAGGACGUGUCCUGCCUGUACGGCAAGAGCGGCUCCUCGAUUUACUCGAUCCCGGACACGGGCUGCGACGACGCGGUCCUUGCGGCGGCCGCCAAAGCCGCCGGGUUCGUGGCCACCGAGGUGUGAUGAAGGACUGUUGAUUGUUGUUGUUGCGAAAAUUGCUCUGCUGAUCUCACUUAGUCAAUUACGAUGAUUAAUUAUUAAGCCUGUACACAACGCUGUAAAUAUUUAUCUGUAAAUCCAUCCAUGAUGAGACAUAUUUUUGCAUUAAAAAUACACUAAAAAAAAGUUGAAAAUCAGUGAA